UCCGUCUACAACGACAGAUGUCUCUCUGAAAACACCUUCUACUACUUCUACAAGUCAGAGAUAUCCAUUCUCGCCAGCAAUAUAAAGACAUGGGCAGUGGCAAUAGUGAGAAAACUCGACUAUUUAUCGACACCCUGCUUCAGAGACAUGGCCGUGUUAAAUACACCCCAGUGGAUAUAUCAAAAGAUUUUCUAGCCGAAACAUCGGAACAAUUAUCUGAGAUUUAUGGAAACAAGCUACUAAUUGCAAGUAUCCCGGGAGAUUAUGACGUGGGGAUACAGCUGCUGAGUAAUACGUCUAGGAGCAAGGUUAUCACGUGGCUUGGGGGUGGAUUCCAGAACCAGAGUUAUCAGGACCAAAUACGUCGGCUUAAGUUGUUGUCGAAUGUUAUGACAGACAGGUGCCGGCUCAUCAUAAGUCUUGAUGUUACACAAGAUAAAGAACAGAUAGAAGACGCAUACCUCGAUCCUACAGGUAUAUCGGCAGAUUUGUACCUCAAUGCCGUGUGGCGUCUGAAUAGAGAGUAUGGCUGUUCUAUAAACACGACCACUCUAGCUCUAGAGGCAGAGUAUGUUCACAGUGACCGACCAGAGGACACCAGCUACGUCAUGCUUUUCGGCAAAUCUCUAGAGAAUCAAGUCCAUCAAAUAUCCGGUCUAGGAAUUACCAUAGAUCUAGCGAGGGAAGAGAGACUUUAUUUACACGAAGGUAAAGGAGUGAGCUGUAAAUACAACAUUAACCAGAUACGGACGCUAGGUUCCUGUGGGGGACUGCAAUUAGAAAACUACUGGACUGACACUGACAACCACGUGGCUGUCUGUUGUUUCUCCAUCCCAAAGACCACAUGACAACAAGACAUUUAGUGGAUGGCCACUUAAGCUGCAGUCAAUUCAAAUGGGCACCACAAGGAAAGUGAUAAUGUGGACUAGGUAUAUUCCUUUUAACAAACUCUCCGGGCCUGAGCAAUGUGUCGUCUGCUCCUUUAUUAUAAUUGUUCAAGUCUAAGAAAGGACAUCGUUUUAACGCUCAACCAGACAUUCUACCGACAGGGAAGUAAACAUCAUAACUCUUUAUUAUAGUAUGAUAGAUCCACAAAAAGUGAGAGCACGGCUUUCUUGCGAUAUUAAUAUCACGGUUGGAGACCUUAAAUUUAAACUUCUGUCUGUAUUGACAAUGAAAACAUUUGUACAAUUGUUUCAUAUGUUAUAUUUGUAUGUUAUGUGCAUAAUGAAUCAGCAGAUCUGUUCCUCCUAAACAUGUUUGUUUGUUUUUGUUUUUUGUUUUGUGUUUAUCCUAAGUAACAAUUAUUUGUAAAACAGAAUAUUACAUUAUGAUAUCAAAAUAUCGAUAUACUCACAAAUGCGAUGUAAUCUGUUUGUUUACAUCGAAUGACUUGACCAACAGGCGUUAUGCGAAAUAUAGCGAUACGAUGUUUCUAAGUUUAUUUUUGCAACACUGAAUACACAAGAUGUAUGCUCGCUAGUCUAUUAUACAAUAUAUUGAUAUUGAUUGCAAAACUCUGUCGAACAUCCUUGUGUAACGUAGUCGGAUUCUAGGGGAGGAUCUUGGCGUAAUAACAACCGACACAGGAUUCUCUCUUCAUAGAUAUGUUUAAUGAUUGACACGAAGAUAUACACAAAAGUCCAUACAACAAAUAAAUAGCUAUAUUUAAUACACAGUACCGAAACUAACGCGCCCAACUAUGCAACAAUAGCGCUCUACGAAUACAUUUACAUAGAUUCGAUCACAUAUACAGAUUCUAUUAUCGUUUAUCCACAGUUAAACCUAUAAGAAUAUAUAUAACUGGCAAAGUACCAAUAGACCACAGGAACUAUCACGAUGAAAAUUAUCUACUAAUAAGUUACAAUCAUCAGUAAAAUUUAAUAAUAACAUCUUAAUGUAAUAAUAACAAAUAAAUAAAUAAUAAUGUUAAACUUACUUGGCAUGUGGUGCCCAGGACGUGAAUACAUAAAUAUAGAUUAGAUCUACAUCUUGGAAAAAAAUACAACCACUCUGAUAGAUGGUCAAAGAAGAACUACCAAACGGCGGCAAAAGUACAAAAGAGAAAAAAAAAACCCGCAACGCGCAUGUCCUGUACUGUCCGUCAGUGGUCAAACCUGUUUUAUACCUGCAUUAACAGGGUGCCACACUUGUACUAAACUAAUCUACGCUACCAAUAAUAUGAGUAUGCUUAAUGAUAGACAUUACUGAAUGUUAAAACUGCACAUAAUUGAUAACAACGUUUCUUUUCGAAAUAGCCAAUGUUUUCCUAGCGUUCUUUAUUAAUAGUGAGGAAACACUUAACUAUACAACCAUACAUUUUAACGGCAGCUGUCCGUUAACUUCCAACGCAACCGAGCGUGUGCAACUGUGUUUUGUAAACAUCAUUGUCUUUCCAGAGAAGAGAACGUACAUUCAGGCUAUAUUCGUCUACCCUUUUUUUGGAUUCAAAAGUGUUUAUUUCUAUAUAAGCAGCAUUUUCCAACUAACGUCUCGAUCAUCGUUAAAAAUGAGUAUUUUACGUUUAAACCCACUGAUAACCUUCUUUUGGCGGUUUCAAACUCUGCCUACGCGACGCUCUGGCAUACUCUAGUGUUUUUGUUAUUCAAAUCUAACUGUGAACAUAUAUAUAUGAUUAGUUUUACAUAGUGUGAUACUAAUGAUUCUUGCUUGCCAUGUAUUUAGUAAACGUACUGCAACGGAAAUGCGUAUGUGUGAAUGCGUGGUACUUAUUAUGUAUAUCAUAUUAUGACAUGCAUAAGGGAGAUAACUAUGGAUGAAAUACUUUACUUUCGGUUUCGCUUUUGUAUGAAACUCUCCUAGAUAGGAGGUGAAUUGAGAAAGAAUAAAAAAUAAGA